AUGCACUCGGGUAUCGACUACCAACGAUAUCUCAAAGAGAUCGACACUGCCCAGGCAGAUCUCGACGAGUGGAGAAGUAAAUUCGGUGACGUAGCCCAGAAGAACGGCUGGAUGCCUGUCUCGGAGGCCCGCAGCACAGACGACCAAGAGGAAGAUCUCCGCCAACGCAUCUUCUUGACUAAGCAGAGCAUUGCUAAGGUCCAAGCAGCGAAUCCCAACGCGAACUUCUCCAUCAUGUCGCCGUUCUCAGCUAUGACUGACGAGGAGUUCAACAAGUACGUAGUCAACUCAUACGUUAGCGGAAACUCAACGCAAAACGACAACCGAACAAGCGCACGCCACCUACGCAGUGCCGGUAGCUCGGAUUUGACCUUCGACGCACUCUCCGACUCGGUGGAUUGGUCGACAUCGAAGUGCAUGGCUCCGAUUCAAAGUCAAGGUUCGUGUGGCUCCUGCUGGGCUUUUGCCACGGUAUCAGCUGUCGAGUCGGCGCAAUGCAUUGCAAGCGGGAAGGAGUUGUUUGUUAAGUACUCGGAGCAGCAAUUGGUGAGUUGCAACACGAAGAACUGGGGCUGCUAUGGCGGCUCUCCGUUCUACGCGUUUGACUACGUGCAGCAAAAUGGUCUUUGCUCGGAAGAGAGCUACCCGUACACGUUCGGCGGCGGCUAUACCAGGUCUUGCAGUCGAAGUUGUGCUGCACAGGACACAGGACUCACAGGGUAUGCAAAAGUUUCUGGUGAAGAUGACUUGCUGCGUGCACUAGACGAACACCCGGUGAUCGUAGCGGUGGCGUCAGCAAACAGCGUCUGGAAGCAGUACACGGGUGGCGUGGUGUCUUCGUGCGAUUCUUGGCAACCAGAUCAUGCCGUUGUUGCGGUGGGCUAUGAUUCCUCGUCGAUCAAGAUCCGCAACUCGUGGGGCCCGGAAUGGGGUGAGGGAGGCUACAUCCGACUUGCCCGCAGCUCGUCUAAAGCGGGAACGUGUGGUGUGCUGAUCGACAUGUCCACUCCGCAGAUGUAA